CUUUUAGAUAGCACUUCUACAGUCUCCACCCUCCCUCCUCCUAAUUUUCCUUUUCCCCAAAUCCGCUUCCAUGCCGCCGUCCUGAGGUUGCCGUCGCCGGAGACUCGUUUGCCAUUACCAUAGCCGGAGUGGGUCUUCUCCUUCUUCUUCUUCUUCUUCUUCUUCUUCCGUCGAAUUAUUUCUCUGGACUGUAGUAAUGUAUUUGAUAUCAUCUACUUGAAUUGGAAUUCGUUCUUGUUCAGAGAAUUUUUGUAGCAAUUGUCCUUGCUGGGUUAUCAGAGUUGUGCUAUUUUCUACACAGCUUAUGUAAUCAUUUCUAGGGAAAACUGUGGAAAACAUGAAUGCUUUAAUACCAAGCAGGUUAUUUGUGUUUGCUGGAGAGUCGUUUUGCUUCCAAAAGUUACCUCGCGUUUAUCGAUCGACAUGGUUUCACAGUGGUGUGUUUAGUCUUAGCAAGGCUGAACUGAACCAAGGACCCCUUACUCUAGCAAGCCUUGGGUUCAAAAGUGAGUUUCAAAAUACAGACAAGAGCAAAGUGAAUAAGGUUACCGAGUUAGAUUCUCCACGGGACGUCCCGAAAAGUAGAGUGAAGAUUGUUCGAAACAAUGAAAAAAAGGUGGUUGGAGUGAGAAAAAUGGUAGAAGCAGAGAUGGCUCCAUUUUCUGCCAAGUCAUUUUCUGAGCUUGGUCUUCCAGCUUUGUUGAUAGAGAGGUUAGAAAUUGAAGGCUUCACAGUUCCUACUGACAUUCAAUCUGCAUCGAUUCCGACCAUUUUGAAAAACCAUGAUGUCGUCAUUCAAUCCUACACGGGUUCUGGAAAAACAUUGGCAUAUAUUCUUCCCAUCCUUUCAGAAAUAGGCCCGUUUAAGAAUACAGCUUCCAAUUACAAUGAUGAACCUGGAAAGAAAAAGGAGAUAGAGGCUGUUAUUGUAGCUCCAUCAAGGGAGCUGGGAAUGCAAAUUGUGAGGGAGUUUGAGAAGAUAUUAGGACCUGCAAACCGGAAAGUAGUUCAGCAGCUUGUUGGAGGUGCGAACCGAACAAGACAGGAGGAGGCUUUAAAGAAAAACAAACCUGCCAUUGUUGUUGGGACACCAGGAAGAAUUGCUGAAAUCAGUGCAUCAGGAAGGCUGCACACCCAUGGUUGUAGCUUCUUGAUCUUAGACGAGGUCGAUGAACUACUUUCAUUUAAUUUUCGGGAAGACAUGCAUCGCAUAUUGGAACAUGUUGGAAGAAGAUCAGGUGCAAACUCACAAGGAUCAGAAAAUGCUCAAGCAAGAAGGGUGGAGCGUCAAUUAGUCAUGGUAUCUGCAACAGUGCCAUUCUCAGUAGUAAGAGCAGCUAAAAGCUGGGGGUGUGACCCUCUUCUUGUCAAGGCCAACAAGGUUGCCCCUCUUGACUCAGUUCCUCUCAUGGGACCUGUAAAUCCGAGAGGGCCUUCCUCUGGGCCGACUUCGAACACAACUUUGCAGAAUCAGACCGCCAUUGAUACUCUACCUCCAUCUUUAAAACACUACUAUUGUACUUCGAGGUUGCAGCACAAGGUCGAUAUGUUAAGACGUUGUGUUCAUGCACUCGAUGCCAAAUUCGUGAUGGUUUUCAUGAACCAUACAAAGCAACUAAGGGACGUUGUCUUCAAGCUAAAGGCUCGUGGAAUGAAUGCGGCAGAGCUACAUGGAGAUCUCGGAAAACUUGGAAGAUCAACUACUUUGAAAAGUUUCAAGAAUGGUGAAAUAAGAGUUCUAGUGACCAACGAAUUAUCUGCUAGGGGAUUGGAUAUUGCUGAAUGUGACCUUGUGGUUAAUCUGGAUUUGCCCACAGACUCGAUUCACUACGCACACCGAGCGGGUCGGACAGGUCGGCUUGGUCGGAUGGGGACGGUGGUGAGUAUUUGCGAGGAGCCAGAAGUGUUUGUGGUGAAAAAACUGCAGAAGCAACUUGGUGUACCCAUUUUAGCCUGUGAUUUUAUUGAGGGAAAGCUCGUGGAUAAAGAGAAAAGCUAGGUAGGAGAACAAUGGGAAGUUUGUUUGUGUUUGAUUGAAAGCACUUUUUUGAAAUUUGUACGUUUGGUUUGGUAGUAAAAAAUUUUGGUUAAGAAAGUGCUUUAUUAUUUUGAA